AUAAAAGAGCAGCAAAUCUCUCUCUACAAGAGUAGCCGUGACGCUUGUAUUGGCGGGAAAGCCAUAAGCAGCACCUAGGAAGAUCCGCACCUUGCGGCGCUCGUAACAGCGACGAUGGACAUCCGGUCGUUCUUCCAGAAGAAGCCUCCGGGCAGCAACGGCAAUAGUAACAGCACCAAGAAAGCAGCGACGCCGGCCAAGUCCAAGCGAGCAGAGCCGGAACCCACGCCUCCGUCACGCCCAGUAGCUCGCCGCUCCGCCAAGCAGAACGUGGUGGUGCUAGACGACAGCGAUGAGGACGAGGAUGAUGUCAGUAGCAAGCGCAAAGUACCAACUAAGAAGAAGACACAGCGUGUGGAUUCCGAUUCAGACUUUGAGAUGCAGCCCAGCGACGACGAAGUGCAGGAGGUGAAACCCAAGAAGGAACCUCUUAAGCGGCUACGUCGUGCUGCCAAAGCUGAUAGUGACGAGGACGAGGAGAUGCCGGAAGUGAAGACGAAGACCGACGUGAAGAUGGAGGUCAAGAUGGAGAGUAAAAAGCCUAUAAAAUCGUCCUCUACUCGUACUGCAACUGAUGAUUCAGACCAAGCCAUUAUGAAGCAGGAAGGUGUGUUGAAGAAGGUGCCUGCACCGUGUUCUGGAUGUCUAGAUGGUAAGACGUUCACGUUCUCCGGUGUGCUAGAAAGUCUGUCGCGCGAGGAUGCGGUGCAUCUUGUUAAAAGCUGCGGUGGAUCUGUUGCGAACAGUAUUACGCGCAGUACGAAGUUUUUGGUGAUUGGAGCUACAUUGGAGCAAGGUGGCAAUGUGACGGAUGGCUCCAAAUACAAGGAAGCCGUGGCGAAGAACGUCCGAAUCUUGACGCAGAAUGAGUUUUACAACCUCAUUACGGAGGCUGCAACAGCUCAGCAGGCACAGGAUUUAGCGGCUGAGAAGGCGAAGAUAAAGGCUGAAGCUGGUGGAAAGACUGCUUCCACGAAAGGCAAACAGAAGCUGAGCUCAUCGAUCAACGACGAGCUGUGGACUGAUAAGUACAAGCCUCAAACUCUGGAUCACAUGAUUGGCAACAUCGAGCUGGGCAGGAAGUUGAAGACGUGGCUUCUGGACUGGGAGGCCAUGCACGUGAAAGGGACCAAGAAAGUCCCGUUCUCGACAAAGUUGUCUGAGAACCGCGGAGCGAAGACUGUGCUGCUGUCAGGGCCACCAGGUAUUGGCAAGACCACGAUUGCAAAUCUGGUUGCUCGUGAGGUCGGAUUUGAGUGCACGGAACUGAACGCGAGUGACACCCGCAGCAAGAAAAUGCUGCAAACGGGACUCAAGGACGUGCUAGGAACGCAGGCGCUUCAAUUCGGUGCUCCUACUGGGAAAUCCAAGGAGAAAAUGCAUCUCGCGCGUCGUGUGAUCAUCAUGGACGAGGUUGACGGUAUGUCAGGUGGUGAUCGCGGCGGAACGGCUGAGCUGAUUCAGCUUAUCAAGAAGUCGAAGACUCCGAUCAUUUGUAUUUGCAACGAUCGUCAGAGCCAGAAGGUGCGAUCACUGGCAAACCACUCAUUUGAUCUGCGUAUGCGUCGCCCCACCAAGAUUCAAAUCGGCAAGAGACUCAUGGAGAUCGGCUUGAAAGAAGGACUUAACAUGGAGAAGAACGCAAUUGAAGAAGCUGCUGAGCGAUGUGGCAACGAUAUUCGACAACUGCUCACUCAGAUGCAGAGAUGGCGUCUUACCACCACUAAGAUCACGUACGCGGAUAUGGUGAACCCGUCCUCGCAGCACAACAAGGACGAGAGUUUGCGGUUGAACCCGUUCAGCGCCACACAACAGAUUUUCCAGCGUGAUCUCUCGUUUGACGCGAGGAAUGAGGCGUAUUUUGUUGACUACGACUUGAUGCCGCUGAUGGUUCAGGAAAACUACAUCCAGAGUAUCAUGAACAACCGGAGAUCAUCGGACGAAAACCUAGAAGCAGCCAUGCACGCGUCGGAAUUCAUCUCAGAGAGCGACCUCUUGAAUACCUACGUUCGCGUGGAACAGCGAUGGGAUCUGCUCACGAAACAGGCAGCCAUGAAUGUAGGUGCCUGCGUCUACUCGGCCGGGUUCAUCGGCCACCCGGAGUUUUCCAAGUACGUUCAUGCUAGGGUUGCCUGGCAUGAUUGCACUUACGAACGUUUAUGUUUCCUUGUAGAUGGCUGGGAAAGAACUCGUCGGCAUCCAAGUCGAAGCGGUUGCUCAGUGAACUGUCAGUCCGAAUGCGAUCACACGCCUCUGGUUCCCGAGAAGUCAUUCGUCUCGACUACGUGCCGUACAUGAAGGAAAUUCUGCUGAAGAAGCUGCUAUCAGGGGAGGAUAAUAUCCACGAGGUUAUCGAGCUGCUAGAUGAAUGCGAGAUCACCCGAGAAGACCUGACAGAGUCCAUGGAGAGCUUCAAGUUCCCUGGCGUAAAACGCCACUCCUACUCAGAACUCGACACCAAGGCAAAGACGGCGUUUACGCGAAUGUACAACAAGGCUUCCCACAAGUCGCAAGCAGUUGUGGAGUCGGUACUUGGAUCAACUACCAUUAAGAAAGGACGAGGAAAGGCAGCCGCCACCAAAGACGAUGACGGUGGUUUGCCUCCGCCGUCGGAUGCUGAAAGCGAACCGGAAGAGGAGGAGGAUCUGGAUGUUAGCAAGUUUCAGAAGAAAUCACGCGGAGGUGCAAAGCGCAAGGCACCCACUGCAGCAGGAAAGAAAGCACCUCGCAAGGCACCGGCCAAGAAGCGGCGAACUUAGCAUGUUCUUUGCUAGAGCUGAUGGCUGUCGUAGUAGUAGAUCAGUGGAUACGUAUCGAUCGCUUUUGCGGCUCCAUGUGAAUUUACUGUUCGUGAUCUUGCAAAGCUACAGACAGUACUUGAGUGACAAUCUGGGGGAUUGUGCAGUAGAAGCUCCGGUAGAGCUAUCACCCAUGCUCAUUCAACCUUUCACCACUCAUCAGAA